AUGGUGGGAGAGAGGGCCCCAUGUGGACUGCUCCGUCUCCUGCUGCUGGCACCACUUUGCCUUCUGCAUCCAGGGGCCUCGGGUCAUCCCCACCUGACCAGCAGAGCCCCUGAAGAAGCCCCAUCGAUCCAAGGAGUGCGGGGCGGCUCUGUGGAGUUGGCCUGUGGCUCCCAGCCUGCCCCCCUGGUGGUCUUUUGGAGCUUCACCCCCCUGGGCUCUCUGAUUCCCCGGCCUGUGGCUGUCACCAAUGGAGCAGAGUCCAAGGUGGAAGCCGAGGCCUCGGCUCUGGGUGUCGUGAGUCUGUGGAACAGCAGCCUGGUGCUGAGGGAGCUGCAGGAGGGUGCCCGCGGCCACUUCCUGUGCCAGGCCCUGCAUGCAGCCGGUGGCCAGCUUCACACCACCUACACCCACCUCACCCUGGCCGUGCUGGUGCCCGUGUCGAAGCCUCAGGUGUGGCUGAGUGACCCGUCCCCAGUGGAGGGGACCUCCAUGGUGGCCACAUGUGCAGUGAGGGAGGGCACGGAGCCCGUGACCUUUGCCUGGCAGCAUCAGGCACCCCGAGGCCCUAGAGAGGCUCUGCUGGGGAUCACGAAUCGUCUGCUCCAGCUGGACCCAGUUAACCGGACACACUUGGGCUGGUACAUGUGCAGUGCCCACAACGCCGUGAACCAGCUGAGCAGUGACGGAGCCUUCCUGGAUGUCAUCUAUGGUCCAGACAAUCCUGUGAUCACCAUGGAGCCACUGGGCUUCACUGAGGAGGGGUUUUGGGCCAGUGAGAGGGAAGAGGUGACCCUGAGCUGCCUGGCUGCAUCCAAUCCCCCAAGUCACUACGUGUGGCUCCGUGACCACACUCAGGUCCACACUGGGCCCACCUACAUCAUCACCAGCGCCAGCCAUGCCCACACAGGCCUAUACACCUGCCUGGCCCGCAACAGUCACCUGGACACCCGCACACAGACCAGCGUCCAGCUUACCAUCUAUUAUCCCCCCAAAGGGCAGCCCUCCUGUGCUGUGCUCCCCACCUUUGGGGCUCUGGCUUUGGUCUGCACCUGGCCUGGGGGGCUUCCAGCUGCCCAGCUGCAGUGGGAAGGGCCCCAGGGGACUGGCCCUGCUGCCCUCAGCAAUGUCACCUGGAAUCACGCAGCCGCUCAGCUCCCCAACAGCAGUGUCUUCACCUGCACUGGCCAGCACCCAGCCCUGGCCCGGCCCACCCUCUGCAGGAUCACGCUAUGGGAACCCCUCCGGAGCCCCACCUGCUGGACCACGGCCACAGUGGGAGACCAGUUCAUCAUGCUGAGCUGUGAGUGGCCUGGAGGCGAGCCCCCUGCCAUGCUGAGCUGGCUUGAUGGACAGAAGCAGCCCUUGGGCAGCAGCAGCUCCUCACUGGCCGUCCACCUCCUGCAGACCCAGGGAGACCUGGCUGGCAGACAGUUCACCUGCCGGGGCACUCACCCACUCCGGGUCCCUGAUGCCCUCUGCAGGCUGCAGCUAGAAGCCCCACAGCUGGCAGUAGCCACACCCCGGGUGUCAGUGCUGGAGGGGGAAGAGGCCUGGUUGGGCUGUGCCCUCCUGGGGGGCACACCACCUGCCCAGCUCCUCUGGCUGGGACCCCAGCGACAGCAGGUGGAGCCAGGCACUUCUGAAUUCAUGCUGCACCCUGAGGGUGCCCAGCUGCACCUGAGGAUCCGGGAAGCCAACCCAGCACGCCACAGGGGCAUCUAUCAGUGCGUGGCCCAAAAUGCCUUGGGCAACAGCAGUCAGAGCGUCCUACUGGAGGUCCUGAGGUAUCCAGCUCCCCCCAACGUCACCAUCAGCCGUCUGACCUACAGAAGACAGCGCAGAGAGGUGCAGGUGCAGUGGGCCGUCCAAGGCCCCGGCAACCUAACGGGCUUCCUGGUGCAGCGGAGGGCCAGCGUCCCAGGCCCGGGAGCCGGGGCUUGGGAGACAGCAGCUGGUGACAUCGAGCCAGAGAGCAGGGGCCGGCGGCUGGGGGGCUUGGACCCAGGGGUCCUUUAUGCCUUCCGCGUCCUGGCUCUGAAUCACCACACAGCUGGCCACCCCUCUGAGGUGAAGAUACCAGCGGACCCCCCCUUCAGCGCCUAUCCCGCAGUGUUGGGUGCAGCAGGCACAGGAAUGGUGGUGGCAACAGUGGCCUCUCUGCUGGUGUUCCAGUAUGCUGCCCGGCACCCUGAGACCUUCCCCCGCCUUGGUCGGUUGCUAGUUCCCAUGGAGCAAAGUCGUCAAUAUCGGGGUUCGGGGAAUAGCCCUGAGGCAACGAUAGGCAUUGAACCACCACCCAUCACCCCAGGUUCAGAUCCUGCACAAGAGUCCACAGAGGCUCCUGUAAAUGUCACCAUCACAGUGACUACAACGCCAUGA